GUCCAGGAAUUUGAAGCCCUGAACGUCAUCCCUCUUAGUGUCAGCUGGGCGCACUGCAUCCAUAACGACAUAGAAAACACUCUCCAUGUCGUCAAGGAUUCCCCGGAUGGGGCUGCUGCUGAGCAUGGGAAUUCCCAUGAAAAGCGGCGUCCCUGUAAAUGGGUCCUUGGCCACCUCCACCUGUCCCACUGUUGUUGCAUUGAACCCCCACUGUUCGGCAACAUCAAUGUGCUUGAGUUGGGUUGGGUCAGUGUCCCUGGCAGCAUCCUCAGCAGUGCCCCAGCCAAUGACCUUGGCACAGCCCCAGUCAAUGACAUACACUUUGUCGUUUUUGAUGCACACAUUCCCUGCCGAGAUGUCCCUGUGCAGGACACCGGUGUCAUUUGCCUGGGCAAGACACAGGGUCAGCUGCUUGACAAAGCCAGGAACCAGC